AUGGCCAAACGCUCACGUUCACGCUCCCAAAGCCGCUCGCGGAGUCCCUCCCUCAAUCCGGACUCACCCUCCAGGAGUAGCUCCCCAUCCUCCUCAACCCCCAGCACGGCCACGUUACCACCCGAUCGUAGCAAAAUCCUCCACCGGGACACCGACACCGUCCCGUUCGUCGAGGUCAUGCAUUGCGCUUUACCGCCGCACCGCGAGACGCUCGCGUUCGCCUCGUACGAGGACUACGAGGUGCAUUACCAGCAGGCGCAUGUUAAUCGGUGUUCGCUGUGUAGCAAGAAUUUUCCCACGGCACAUUUCUUGAAUCUUCAUAUCGAGGAGAAUCAUGAUUCGCUUGUGGCGGCGAUGAGGGCGAGGGGGGAGAAGACUUAUGGCUGCUUCAUUGAAGACUGCGAGCGUAAAUGCUCUUCGCCACAGAAACGGCGGCUCCAUUUGAUAGACAAGCACAUGUUUCCACGAACUUACAACUUCUACAUCAUCAACGACGGCAUCGACAAACAAACCUCACUACUAAGACCCCUAAACAAAAGCCACAGACGCCGCAUUUCCUCAGCGUCCAUCUCUUCCAUCCAAGAGGGUCGACUGCGGCGUCGUAGCUCGGUAUCUCAACCGACUGUUCCGCAAAGAGCGGAACCUCAGUCCCCUGGUCGAGCAGCGGAUACGGCGGAUGACAUGGAAAUAGAUGGGCUGGCCCAGUCCAUGUCUGCGUUGCGUUUCGUGCCUGCGAGUGUGAUGAGGAAUCGAGGUAGAGUGCCACAGAAGAAGCCUUGA